AUGCCUGUGAUUCCUCGUUACCUUAUAUUCCUCUUCCAAGUCGUCCUCGCUUUCUGCUUCAUCAGUUUUAGUGGUCUUCAUCAAUCAUCAUCAUCAUCAUCGUUCAAUUUCGUUCAAGGGAAAACCAAACUGAACAUCAAAUCCAGCGGCAUCGACAUGGUCCACGCCUCGCACAUACUCUGCGCAUCAAACCGCACGUUAUGCGAAGAUAUCAUGGAAUUACUCGAACCAUUCGCCGAGGACGAUUUAUUACGGCCGAAGUUAGAGCGAGGGUUCGAAGAGCUCGCGAGGAAAUUCAGUCGCUGCCCAACUGGGAAGAGGAACGGAGGGGAUUUGGGGUACUUUCCGAGAGGGGAGAUGACGAAGGAUUUCGAUGCCAUCGUCUUCUCGGAACUGGCGGCGCCGUUGCACAAACCGGUUGGACCGCACCAAACGUCCAACGGGUUCCACGUGAUCAUGGUCCACGACCGCCACUUGGCGGACGCGGAAAUGCGCGAGCAAGCGAGAAUUGCCACGGAAGAAGCCAAGAAAAAACGCGAGGAAAGUUUCAAAAGAAACAUGAAAAAAGAGCAAGGGAAGCAGGAGAGGAAAGGCGCGAGAGCAAACGCGAGACAGGGUGAGAGAAGACCGCCGGCGAGUUCGAAGCACCGCGCUGCGGUGGGUUCGCACGACGAGUUUUGA